AUGGCUUCUGCGCCUGGAACUCCUGUUCGCGCACACAGUAGUGCAAGUGCAAGGAAGCGUCCGGAGUCAUCACUGCCCCCGGUCAUCGAGGACGUUUCGUAUCCAUCCCAUCCGAUUGCCCAACUUCAAGGGCCAUUUGAAGAAUCAAUUGUGGAGACGACCAGUAGCUCGGCAGAGGAAUGGGUUGUUGAAAUUGACGCGCAGACACGACGGCGCGAUCUAUUGGAAAAUGACGACUAUGAGCGUCUCUGUGGGAGGAAAUGGCGCCAAAGAUCCUCGGAAAGGUAUCAUCCAUUUUGGAAACUGAUCUCCCAGAUGGUCUUUGGAGUCCAUCUUCUCGGCAAGAGUCUGGCCAAAUCGGAGGUGUCAGUCAUGAAAAUUCUCCAGACGCACGUCGAUGAGCUGGAUGGCUUUCUGCAAAGAACGACAGAAGACUUUCUGAUCAUUCGAUUGGAUGUUCGCACCCGAAUUCAGUAUCUCAGUUUGCCUUUGGGUAACCUGGAGGUCUUCGAUGAGAUGCUUCAAGACCGAGCCUUCCGGCUAUCGGUUGUGUCGUAUAAUGACCAGAUCGAACAUUCCAUCUACAGAUUUACCCUGGCUAUCACAGAUGCCCUCAAAGAUCUUCAAAAGGCAAAGGAGGCCAUGGGUGCACUCUGGUUCUACUUCCGAGAGCUUGCGGACGAGGGCUGUUUCGAGACUGACAGCCUCAACGCCUUUCGUCAGGCCAUGAUGGACAACAUGGAGGGCUGGAUUGUUGCUAUCUCUAAGCUUCGUCAACGAGGCGCCGCUCUCCAAAAGGCUCUCAGUCAGUUGGGUCUUGCAACUACAGAAAUGCAACGCCGCGUGGGUGUAGCGAGCAGAAAAGAUGUGCGAUCAUUCGUCCAACAAAGUAAAAAGACUGCAAGACGAAGCAAGUCUGUCAGACAGAGACUCUUUGAAAGAGAAGCGCCUGUUCCAGAGAAGCCUCUCCCUCGCGAUCCAUUAUCGAAACCAAAGCGGACAUCUUCCAAGAGUCCACCAGCCACACCUGAAGAACAACCAACGACUCCCGCAGAUCCAAACCAAACCGAUGGUCUACGACGCAAGAUCCUAAGUCGGGCCAAAUCAUGCAGUGCUCUCAUAGGAGAAGCCAGCGCGGGCGCGGGCGACGCACCACCACCUCUUCCAUCAACACCACCAACAUCUGGACUACUAAAACGAAAGCUGUCCAUACCAUUCCUACCCAAACGAUCUGCCAGUGAAAAGAUCGAUCUCAACAAAUCCCGACCUAGGACAGCACCUUCACAACCAUCAAGGCCAUCGCGCGCCAUUUCAAUAGAACACCUACGAGCAUUCUGCACAACACCACGACCAGUAACCCGACAAUCGAUGGCCAAAUCACCUACACAAGCACGACAAGAGACCCACAACAAGCUCACGAGCGGCCGAGAGAGCAUGAAAGACCAAAUCUCGCAAUUCCUCAAAAGCGACCGCGUGGUCGAUGCCUGGGAUAACGUCUCCAAGAACGCGUCAUGCUGUGCACGGCCACUCGCAAAGACAAAGGAAUGGCCCAGCAGCAUCUUCCGCACGAAAUCCUCUACGACACUACAAAAACAAGGCCAAAAUGACCUCUCCGGGCCGGACCUGGAAAGGCAGAUGUCAUGGGUACAAGAGACAUUCGAUGUCCUGCCUAAGUACUCAUUCAAGCCGAAACCCGACAUUUCGCCCCGCAUCCACGUCCUGUCUGUGCAGAUGACAUUGGAUGAGGAGGCUAGUGUGUCCAAUGGCGGAGAGGCGAGUUUAGAUAUGCGGAGUGAGACCGGCUACGGUGGUUAUGAUGGCUGCUACUCUACCUGGGACUCCUGGGGCCGCUGGGUAGCAUUUGCGGUUAUCGUCGGUGUUGCUUUCCUGCUCUUCUUCGGUUUUGCAUGCUUCAAUGCACGCCGUCGCAGAACCCAUGGCCAGCGCCCUAUAACCGGCACAGGCUGGAUGGCUCCUCCCCCGGGACCUCCUCCGCCAAACCAGCCCAUCUACCAGCCCCCUUACGGCGACCCCUACUACCAACAAAAUUCGCCACCCCAAUACAGCGCCAACCCCCAGAACUACGGCUACUUCGGCGCCCAGAACGGACCACCGCAAGAGCAGGGAAUCGAAAUGCAGCCCCCACCACAUGCAUACAAUGGGGGACAGCCCUACUCGCCCCCGGCCGGCCCGCCCCCAAACGCGAGCAAGGUCUAG